AUGUUGGAUCUCAACGAGCAUGUAAAGUUGAUGGGAGAAGAAAAACAGAGCUUAAUUACUGCAUUAAAAAUUCUGCAAAACAAUGAAAUUGAUGAUGGCAGGAACAAAAGAUGGCAUAUUGCAUCGGAUAGAAAACAACCGAAGGUCCCACAGUUCAAACCAAUCGAAGUAUCAACUGACAGUGAAGACAAUUAUCUUUCAACAAACAGAUAUUCGGAACUUACAGAUGAAGCCCUAUUAAACGAGCAACAACUCGAAGAGACAUCCCAAAAAAACGAGCAACAAAUUAAAGUGAUAUCCCAGCCAAGGACUAACCAAACAAACAUGCCGCAGGGUCAACAAUCAAGUAAACUGCCUGGCCAAAAACCAAGCAGACGCAAAAACAAAGAUAGCGAUCAACGGGAACAACAAACCGGACAAGACGGUCCCAACGUGCUUCCGAAUUUAAGAGAAACAAAUCAAACUGACAAUCGAAAUCGAACAGAUAGUGCAGCAACAGAAUUAUCCAAGCGAGACCUGAACAACAACAAUUCAAAACCUGACGAGCGAAAACCAAUACUAAUAAUUGGUGACUCGAUUAUAAAGCACAUUGAUCCAAAUAAAUUAUCUCGAAGAACGGUGCAUAAAUUCACUUAUCGCGGGAAAACAUGUGAAGAAAUUAGUGAAGCUAUUGACAAUACCCAGACAAAGAUUGACCCAUCUCAUGUUAUUAUCCAUUGUGGUACAAAUAAUCUACCCAUCGACUCUGCUGAGGUUUGUGCUACUAAAAUUAUAAAUUUGGCUACGAAAGUAAGAAAUAAAUUUCCUAAUGCUAAAGUCGGAGUGUCGGGACUAACCUAUAGAGAAGACGUCUCAGUGAACCCAAUACGCGUUGAAGUUAAUGAAAAACUCAAAAAAUUAUCAGUAAUUCACGAAUUUUCUUAUAUAGAUAACUCAAAAAUUGAUAAUACUUGCUUGAAUAAAAGCAAGCUGCAUUUAAACGAUAAAGGGACAUCAUUAUUGGCGGUUCAUUUCAUAAAAUUUGUAAGGGGACUUGCUAGUAACAGCAGACGAUCUAGUGAUCGGGACAAGGGUUUUCAAAUGGUACUGUGCAAGCAGCUGGGGGAAAUGCUUAUGAAAAUAGGGAAACUGAGACUAACAUAA